GUCCAUGUACUCCCCAGCCACCAACAGCGCAACUGCAGUACAAGCAACCAACUGCCCCCUCGGCCCACCACGACCCCAAAGUUCACUAUCGUGCUGCUUGUCCUCAAGAAAGCCGCAAUUCAAUCACAUUGUUUCCCUGCAACACAUCCUCAUCCCUUGCAUCCUUGGAUUCCACAUCGUCCACUUCGAUUCCUUCGGGUCGCCAUGACGGCCACCACCUCCUUCUCUCGGGCCUUGUCCCGACAGCUCCUCCCUGGCGGUCCCCGACCCUUCACGCGACCUCACUCCACCCUCCUACGCGUCUCCUGCAACUGCACAUCCGAAAGCGCGCGUUCAUUCUCGCUCAGGCACCGUGCAAACCUCUCUGCUGUCUUUGGACACGCAAGAACAUACGCAACUGCAGUCCAGAAGAAAGCACCGGCCAAACCAAAGACCCGCGCAGCUGCUGCGAAGAAACGGACCUCCACCAAAGCCACAGCAAAGAAGACUGUGGCAAAGAAACCCAAGAAAAAGGUCGUGAAAAAGGUCAAGCCAAAAGUCAAGAAAGUGGCUCCUGAAGUUGCUCUACGCCGCAAAGAACGACUUGCCAACUCUGAGCUGCGUGCGGCCGCCCUCCUCACUCGACCUAAACAAUUGCCCUCUACAGCCUACCUGGUGUUGGUCUCCCAGAUCUCUACCAAAGGCUCUCAACUCCAACAAAUCAUUCAAUCGGCCUCAGAGAAAUACAAGACACUUUCACCAGAGGAGCGCGAGAGUCUCAAUCAUACGGCGAAUGCCAACAAGGCCAAGAACGAAAUCGAGUACAAGAAAUGGGUUGAAAGUCAUGAUCCACUGACCAUCAAGAAGGCCAACAAUGCUCGUAACAAGCUCCGCAAGCAAGCCAAGGCCGCGGGAAAAGCCAAGGUCUAUUCGCAUAUUCAGGAUGAUAGACUGGUCAAGCCCCCCACGAACGCCUAUAACUUCUUCUUCCAGGAACGUGUGGCUUCCGGCGAUCUAAAGGGACUCAGUCUCGCCGAGGGUGGCAUCUUAGUAGGGAAAGAAUGGAAGGCUUUGUCUGCAGACGAAAAAGAGCGUUACAAGGGUCUUGAAAGUGCCGAUAAGGACCGAUACAUUGAGGAGCACAAGUCCGUGUACGGCAUUGACGCGCCGUUUUUGACAGCAUCAAAAGCCUGAGCGUUUGGCCGGCAACAAGAUCUCUCUCCAGGUGUUGACAGGAUUUCUGACUGACGACGCGCACACGCCGCAACACAUGGUCAGAUCCUAAUCUCGUCUACCCACACCAAAUCCAGUCGGCUGUUGUACGAUAGAAUCUUAAGAGAAGGAUCGUGGAGAACAAUGUUGGUCGGUACUGUAGGACAAAUUCGGAAUUGGGAUUGCAACGCAAAGGGCAGGAUGCCAUAUCUGAGCCAACUACAGCUCAUGGUCUACGCUCAGGGUCGAGGUGGAUAUUCAUGGCGGUUUCGCAAGGCAUAGAGCUCCACUUCUGGUUCUUCUCCAUGUGAUUAUACCACGAACGCAAGGAUGGCAAGAAGCCAGGUUGUGAAAUAGGGGUGGACAGAUGAGUCAAAAUCAUGAUUCUCAACAUGCAAAUAAGUACAUGAUCAAAGGUCGAUCAACAAGAAAGCAAAUUUCAAGCUGUGGUAUAUUCA